AUGUCGAAGGACACGGCUCAUUCGCGCAUCCCCCGGCUAGAUGGUGUGAGCAGCCGCAUUCCAGUGCCGGGAAGCUUUCGCGUACCGAACACCACAGUGCGGCUUCCUACGAAACGAGGAGCCCCCCAACCUCCGGCCACUCCAAUCAGUUUUCUGAGGCCACCGUCACAGUGCCGAUCGGGGGCAAUUUCCAUCGCGCGGUCCUAUUCUGGCGACAAAUUGUUCAACGGCGAACCUAGUCCGUUUCCGCUGUUGACCGCUUCUACGCCGGCGCCGGCACAGCUUCGCCUAGGACUGACAACACCAAAGUCUAGUGGCUUGCCAUUUCUGAAGAAGCUGGAGCUGGUCGCUUCGGGAACGACGGAACGCUUGGAGGACAUCAAACUUUGCCAAAGGGAAUUCGCAAUUCCAAGCGACGAUGACGAGGAAGGUGAAGGGCAAUGUGGACCCGACGGGACAGUUCAGAUGUUGGUAGAUGAAUCGCUCGAGCUAGUAGGAGCGAACAGUACAGAUAACCUGCUGGAUCCACCAACGGCCGAACUGGCGUGCAGUGAAGAAAAUGCUACCAUCGUUAUUGCGAGCAAACACACUCCUACGUACGCUAGGAAUGAACAUACUGUGACAUUACAGCGUGAUGGAAACGUUACGUACGAGAUACGACGUAGCGGAACCUUCGUAAAGUCCUCGCGAGAGUCCUUGAACUCUCCCCUCGAUCGUCCACGGCCACCUGUGCUGAGUCAGACACACACUCGCAGCCACACCUCGUUGUCGUCGAAUGUGCUUUUGGGCCUGACGAAAACAUUCCGGCGCGAAAGCACCGAAAGCAUCGAUUCUCCGGUGCUAGACCUUACGCGUACCAUGCCCUUUCGACGCCCAUCCACUGGGGAGCUUCUGCUAGAGGAGGAUGGCAACCGACGGCCACCGAUACUGAACUCGACGAUGGUUAACGAUCGGUUGCUCAACGUGACGCAAAGCAUUCCUAACAUAACGCAAGAACUCCUGUACGCGGACGUCGGUCAAGAGUCCUGCCUGGCGCCCGGGGAUAGCGUGCUGAACCGAACGGCGUCGGUGGAAGAGCAAAAGCUGCAACGGGGAUUGGGGGCUAGUAGUAAAACGAAGCCCAAUCGGUUAACGUUCAAUCUAGAGGAGUCGGUAAAUUUGAUGCAGUUCAGUGCGGUCAGCACGGGAAACAAGGAUGGACAAACGAAGGUGUUUAGUUCAACGCUACAUUCAGAUUCGAUGGCCAUUCCGGCUGCAACGGGUAGUGGCCAAGUGAUGCAAUUAGCUGGCAGUCAGCACAACAGUAGCAUGUUACUGAUGGACAUUAGUGCACAGGAUCGAACGCUGAUUCCGUCAGAGCUAGAGCUUGACCGAGACAGAAUAAGCGACGAUGACGAGCAUAUGGCGGGAUACUCCCUAGGACGAAGGAAUAUCGAUCAACGUGAAGUAAGCAUAGAGGCAGAUGUGAGCGCUGGUAAGGAAAUAUUCGACCUGAGUCUUGACGAACCAGAGCCAUGCUGCCAGGAUGAAGACCAGCAGCAGCAGAAUCAAACCUAUGCACAGCAGGAGGUUGUUCUGAGGCGACAUUUGGAAAAUCGUUCCAACACAGUUCCAGCACCGAAGCAGCGAUACUCUUUUGGACUCGAUCUGACCGAAUGCACCUUAGAUUGUUCGAUCGAGUUGUGCGACUCGUCCCUUUCGCUGACGAAACCCGCCCAUCUUAAGUCACCCACGAGCUCACUCACUAAGCAGGGCUCGUUCGAGAUGGAUGAGAGCCUCGGCAUCCUGACGCCCGAUCAGAUGAAGGAAUUUCUCGAUUCGACCACUACAAACACCAACACAAACAAUACGAAUAACGCUGCAAACGCGGCUGGCCUGGAGCUGCAGCUAAAUACGGGCAUGGGCGGAAGCGGUACUGUCGGCACGGGAGUGGCUCACCAUCACCACAAGCACGGAGCAUUGCAGCAUCACUGUCGCAUCGAUCAGACGCCCUCACCCGAAGAGCUGCCACUAGAUCCGGUGGGCGUGAAGACGGACAUGUCCGAUAUUAUGCUUCCAUCGGAGUUAUUGCUGAUAGCAGGUGGCCCUCAACCGUACGGUGGAAGUGUGGGUGGUGGACAAGUGAGCGUCAGUGCAGCGGGUGGUAUGAGUGAGUUGUCCCAGGCCGAUUCCGACCCGAAGACGGAUCAGAUGACAAAGUCUGCCACCUCGUCGAAGGUGUCGAAUAGUUUCAUCACGAGCAUUACGAGUAUUACGAGCCUCGAUACCGGCUACCAGGGUGAUGGUGAAAUGUCUCGACCGGCGAGUCGCGGAGCGGACCACUCACCGUCGAAUGGACCGCGCGUGAAGUCGGCCCUUGGUGGAGGCGCCUGGCAACCGAUGAUGGCGGCCGCCGUUGCGGCAGUGCCGCGCCGUCAGGACCCGAUGACUGAUUCGGAUUUCUUCACCGAAAGCGAUGCGGACGAUGUUUUCAACCGUGGUGACGCUCGACGAGCUCAGAUUAUCGAUGGGCAACUGUACGGUGCGCCGGGCGGUGCGGGUGGAAUAGCGGGUGCGCAAGGUGCGAAUGCCAUAUUCAAUGCGAUAGACGAGCAGGACGAUCAAGAUCUGCAACAGCAGCAUCAGCAGCAAAAUCAGGAUAUGGGCCAGAAUGAGGAUUCGUGCAUGGAAUCGAGUGGCAUUUUUACUGACGUCGAAAAUCGGGCCGAUGAUGAUCUUGUGCAGCGACGCGCGGAUGAUCAGCAACAGGCAGAAGCAGCUGCUGAAGGCAGCGGCAGCAGUGGUGGUGGAGGUCGUCGAGGUUUCGAUGAAGAUCAACAGCAAGCAACGGACGAUAUGAGCCCGGACGUCUCGACGGAUACGAUGAGCAGUAGCAACAGCCAGAACUUUGUGCGAGCUUCCGAACAACAGCUCGCGCGAGAUGACGAUCCAAACCAGACGUGCAAAUUGGUGCUCGACGAGCGCGAGAAAGAUAUAACACGGUGCUGCGAUGACGGCAAGUCAAACUUAUCGCAACACAUCGGAGCUUCCCCGAAGGCGAGCGAACACCACUACCACCAGUUCGCGAUUACGACGAUGACGGCGUUGCAAGCUGAUGGUGAUGUUGGUACCGCCGUGAGUACGACCGCUGGCGCUAGCUCUCCUGGUAGUGGUGGUGGCGUCGUCGCUGCUGGGAACGUUGCGCGCCGUUGCGAUGCCGACAGCUUCCACGAUGUCAGUGGUAAGAGAUCGGCCGCGAGCGGCAAUAGUACUAACAGCGCGACCAGCAACGGCGCUAGUAGCGGCAGCAGUGCCAGUCGCAAGCAGCUCAAAAACGAAGCAAACCGUGGUCUAAGGAAACAUCACCAGCAGCAUGCGGUGGGUGCGGAAAUGUCCGCUCCAACCACCGUUUCGUCGCGUACGGAUCGUUUAAGCAAGACGCGUCCGUCGAAGGAUUUGCCGGAAGGGUCACGUAGUGCGGUUCCGAUCGAGCAGUGCAAUGGUGGUGACGGUGACAGUAGUGCCGUCGGUGGUGGGGAUUGUGAUCAGGAAAAUAAGCGUCCCAGUGCGGGGGGUACGCGUGGCCAUGUGGGUGUAAGUGCACGUGGCGGUGGUGCCACAGGAUCCAAUUUGAGCUUUGUGAAAAAAUCCAACACACCGAACAAGUGGGACGCGGUGAUGAGCAAAAUAGCGGAAAAUAAGUCAGUGAUGAGGCGAAAUUUCAGUGACGUGAAGUCACGCAUUAGCUGUGGCAGUGCAGUGGUCAGUGCAGGUGCUUCGAAGGGGGGUUCUACGUUGUUACGGCGGGACUCGCCCGCAACAAACACCGCGACCGGUUCGCUCAAGAGUCCACCGUCCGAAUGCACCAGCGUCGCAAGCCGCAGUUCCGCACACGGCAAACGAACGAUCUCCGGGUCGGUGAAGAGAGGACGUACACACAGCAAAGACAGUGAGCAAAGCUCGCUGAGUGAUCUUAGUCUGUCCGGAGGUUCACCGAAACUAGCACUGAAACUGCCCAGCACCCGACCAGCCAAAAAGCGAGAUGUGCGCACAAUUAAUUCUUCAUCCAGCGACCUGGGACCGCCGUCGAAGACGAAUGGUGCACCGCCAGCGCGGAGCAGCGCAGCUCGGGCGGCCGCCGCUUUGCAGAAACGUAUAUCUCCCAACAUAACAAACGUCUCGAUUCCGCUCGUUCCGGAGCAGCUGAAGGCAUCGCCACCGUCGAAGCGCAAUAUGCUGCUGAAGCGGAACGGUACUGCCAAUGGAACGCUACCUGCCAAGACACCGCUGAAAGGUAAGCUUGCGGCACAUCUUCUAAAAGAUAAGGAAGCCAACAAGGAAAACAGCAUCAAUGGAGAUCAUAACCGUCUCGGUGGGGCAACUCAGACUACGAAAUCAUCUGCCGCCGCAACGGUCACUAGCAACUCGCCCAAACCGUUGGCAAAGUCACUGAUACGGUCGUCUACCGGCCCUAACGCAGCUGCGACCACGGCGUCUAAUCAUCACUCAACCCCACCACACCUGCUAAACCAUCACCAGCACGCUGUCAGCAAUGGCAACGGGGUGGCUGCAACACCGACCACGACUACGACGUCGGUCAAAGCGAUCCAGCGCAACGGAACGAUUAUUCUGGACAAAUCCAGCUCGCCGCUGUUGAUAUGCGACGCCGCCACAGUCGAGCCGGCCAAAGGAACUGUCCCAGAGAUGGUGAAUCUUCGAAACGGUGCAGCUGGUACAACGGAAGAAAUCGCCCUUCGGUCAGGGCUGUCGAAAUUGACGAUACCAUCCUCCUGCUCGUCGUCACCGUCGUCGUCCGUAUUGGCGACAGGAAAGGAACCGAACUGUGAUCAACUACGCCAGCACCAAUCGCGGGAGCUUGCCAACGGUCUUCACCGUGAAGCGGCCCUGAACAUCGAAAACGUUGGCAAAAAUGGACCCGAGCUGGUCGACAUUUGUUUGCUCAACCAUGCCCAAAAGGGUGUGGAGGCAUUGGGAGUUUUAGUACAAUAUCUAGUUUUUAAUUUGGAUGCCUUUUCCUGUCCCACAAUCAAGACGGCACACCAGAAGACUACCGCGGAUCUGCUGGAAACAAAGUCCAUACUCGAUGAGGAGCGCACCAAUAGUCAGACACUAAAGCAGCAGCUUCUAGAAACGACAGAACGUGAAACGGAGCUGCAGGAACUGCAUCGUUGUGAACUUAGCAGGGUUGAAACCUGUCUGAGUGAACAGCAACGCAGUGCAGAUGAUCGUAUUGCCGCGUUAGAGGCUCAACUGGUCGAGAAAGAAUCCCACAGCCGCGAGCUGUUGUCGCGCAUCGAUGGUUACGAAGCAAAAUUGGCCGAACAUGAAAAACAGCUCGAAAACUCCCGAGCACGGGAACUGGAUUUGCUGCAACGAAUUAACGCGCUCAGCUGUACCGAAAACGAACUGCGCGAUAAGGUUCACUCAAGUGAGUUGGCAUACAGCGAACGGUUGCAAGCAGCGGCGAUGCGCGAACGUGACCUAACAGAACAGAUCAACGGACUGAACCGUGAUCUGGAGCGAAUUCGUCGGGAAACCGAGCGAAAGGAGCGCGAGCUGGAGGAAAAGCUUACCAUCACAAAGGACGAGUGUGUCGUGCUACGACAGAGCCGUAAUGGACCGGUGGAACCAAUUAGCCAAAAUGGUGCGGCGGUUGGUGCUGGUAGCAACCUGAACCUUUCGGGCAACCCGACCAUCCCGUUGCAGCUGAAUCGAUCGUCAGGCAACAUAAAUCACCUUCAAGUGCUGCAGGACGAGGUGGACAGUUUGCGAUGCGUGCUUGAUCUGAAGCAGCGUGAAAUUUCUGAACUUCGCAAACAGACGCAGGAGUACGAACGGGACGCUAAAGAGCUGCCUGGAGCACUGACGAAAGUAUCAGCCCUCGAAUCACGCAUAGAGGAUCUUGAGGUGCAGCUAAAGACCAAAACGGAGGAAGAGAAAGAGCUGCAGCAAAAGUUGAAGCAUAUGCAGGACAACCUGCAUCAGGAAACCAAAAUCAAGAGCCGGUUGUCGUUGCACAACGAGGAGCUACAGUGGCGGCUAAAGCAAAACUCGGAAAAGUUCACGCUUGCGUACGCUGAGUUGUCGAAGAGUUACCAUGAAAAUUCGAGCUUCAUGAUGAACGCCACGAAAUCGAGCCUGGAUCAGUCGGCUUCGGCCCAUCACCAUCAUCAGCUGAGCCAUAAUCAAUCACGUUCGAGCUGUUCGGACCGGUUCUUUGACAUGGACGACAUUUCACCACCGACCUCGCCAGUCAUUAAGGGAAUGGUGGAGAAAAGUGAUUCCGUCUCGUGGGUGCUAGAGAUCGACGAUGAACCGCCAGAGGUAUCGGCCUCGCGUAUGGUACGGCGAGCAGGUUCGUUCCGUUCGAGUGCAGCGUACGAUUCGGUGGCCAAGCGUCCCAAAUGUGCCGGACUCAAUCAGACAACGAACAGUGCGAUGAUGAGCGAACGUCACGGUGGUAUUCAACAGUCCAGCUCUGCAGCGUCCAUUCUGAAGCAACACUCGAGCGAUCUAUCUUCGGUGAAACCACCACAAUCGGGCAGCUCUGCCAGCAGCCACCGGUUGCGUUCGAAAUCGGUCAGCAUUAAGGCGGCCGAGCCGCCAAAGAAGAUUGUGCGAUCGAAUUCUGGUGCAUCGGCAUCACCCUGUCCGGGAGUGUCGAGCAUCCCGUGCAAACCAUUGCGAAUGUCGGACAUGCCAGGUUCUUGGAAGGAACAGCCACUUUACAGCAGCUCGCCAUACGCUCACAAACGAUACCUGAGCGAAGAUAUGGAUAUGGUUGGGUCCGGUUCGGGGAAACCAUUUUCCGAACAGCACCAACACCAAAUGCAUCGAGCGAAAGAUUUGUUCCUAGAGGAGACGGAAUUUUUAAGCGAACCGGAUAGUCCCUUUGCCCGGUGUCCGAAGCUAAACGGCGAAGACAUUGCUAAUCCACCGGUCGAAAUUUUUCACCGCGACAAAACUCCAAACUUCAAGAAGAGUAAAGAAAACCGUGGUCUCAUAACCUGCGAUACGACGGCACUGACUGGUGGCAGCUCAUCAGCAAAAGCGACCGGUUCGGGAUUAACGGCUCGAGAAAAGCGUCGAGAGUUUACACGCAAGGGGAAUCUCGCCGUUGGAACCGUACCGAAGGAGGCGGCUGGUGAGGCACUCGUAUCCGGUUCAAACUCGGAUGAUGAAGCAUUAUCCACAUCGUCCGCAUCGUCCUCAUCGUGCAUUUCGGAAGGUAGUCUAUCGUCUGCCACCGGCAGUAGCAACAGUAGCCACGACAAUAGUCCACUGCACAGUGGUAAGCGGAGCAGUGAUCGAAUGAACAACGAUGAUGACACGGUCGAAGGCGAGGCUAAUUCUUCGGACGAACACCCAUCACAGCAUCGACGGCGCCAUUCGAACAUUUCGCUCGAGGACGCGCUGAUGAAGAAGAUUGUGGCCAGCCUGAACGGCGACAACGGCGGUACGGAUGGGAACAACACUCCGAUGGAGGUCAGCUGGUCGGAAGAUGGUGAUCCGGGUUCGGAAUCGAACGUAUGACAUGACGACGACAGUUUCUAAGUGACAGUGCUCGUAGGUG